UGGAAGUACUCGGCACACGGCUAGUGGUAAAUCACCCUCUACUUGGGAUGUUGCAGCUGCAGAGAGGGAAACACGAAAACGGCAUAGACAUGGCUCUAAAAUUGUGUACCUACAGUUUCAGGCUGCAUGACUGUUGCCUAAGAAACAUCCCGACCUGAAUCAGUCUAUCAUUUAUGUGGACCUCCUUGCCCGAGCACCAUAUGGCAAACUAAUAAGCCAUGAAUAUUAAUCAGGAAGAUGUCACUGGCCAUGCGGGUGAACCCAAUAACAAUGUUUCCUGUGGUGGUUCAGUGGAGGAGGCCACAGGAUGCGUCAGUUGUAGUGAUCAGUCGGUGGGUAGUGCGUGUAGUAGUCAAGAGAUUGAUGCUGGUGAAUGGCAGUUGCAGCGGGAGGUUACUGCGGACACAACAUGCCCCAGCAGUUGCUGUGACGAAGGGAACACUGGGCAAGUGCAGUUGGGGGAUUCAUUACAAUACAGCCAGAGGGAUUGUGGACGUGUGGCCCAGGGAGAGUCUGGACUUGGCAGGACUAGCCAAGAUUUGUUGGAGGCAGAGGUCACCACUUAUCUUGAAAGUGACCAAGGGCAGGUUGGAGGUGGUCAUUUGCCUGGGCUUGUCAAAACUGACCCUGGCAUAAUAGCUGGUGUUUGCCCGGAGCCAGGACCAGAUAACCAGACAGAAGGGGACACCCUCACCAUGAGGAACUGCACCUGUGACGAGGGCUCGCUUUGCUACUGCCCGUCCUCCUUCUUUGAUAGCAGGAGUGACGUGCAAGACGUCAGGUGUCAGAGUCUGAAGAAGUCCUCAAGGAACAUGACAUCUUGGGCUGGUCCAGUGAAGAACAAGGAUUUAGAGAAGGACAUGGACGCGAGGGAUUCUUGCCAAGCAGGAGAUCACAUCAGAGAAAUUGAACGAUGAUGAUGCAAAGGCUGCAGUAGAGGAAACGGAAGAUGUAAAACAGUGCAAGAGUUUCAUGGAGGACCUUGUAGAUCGCAUCUUCAAUAACAGUGCCAGUAUCUGCCAGGAGGACAGUGCCAAGUUUGGAGAGUAUUGCCGAUUAGCAAUAGGUCGUCAGUGGUUUGCCAGACUUGUGGACAGCCAGCGAGUAAACUGCAAGAAAGUGACGGAGCAGACAUUUUACCGACUAGUCCAGUUCUUUGCUGUCUGCUUGUUUGAAUGCAAUGACGCUGAUGACUUCACACCAGGAAAGAGCCUCAUGAACAUGUGCUUCACAUUCUAUCAUGAACAUGAAGGUGUUCCUAGAUGUGACGACACAACGCAGAAGAGUUUCUUGUACAGCCAUUUGACAGAUCAGCCUAUAUGGAAAUCGCUGCGUUUCUGGAAUGCUGCCUUCUUUGACGCUGUCCACCAGGAGCGGAAGCAGCGGCAGCCCGACCACCAGGUCAACUGGCGCCACCUGACCACGGAGGAGCGGGAGAACACGGAGAUCCUGAACGAGAACAUCACCUUCGGCCAGCUGGUCACCUUCCUGCACAACAUGAUGGAGCUGGAGUUGUCACAACAGAUGUGCCAAGAGUUUCUGGACAAGAUGGCUACCAUCGGAAACCUGAGCGCAGAACAAAAGGAUCUUAUUCAGAGCAAUAUCGGCAAUCACUUCCAUGCUGAGGAUAGCAACAAGAGCAGGAAACACCAAAGGCCAUUCAACAAGCUAAGUUUCAUGAAACGAAAGGUAGGACGGGAGGCCAUGGUUUGAGUUUUUCCCAAAGAAGACCCACCGGUAUUGGCCACCAGGCAUAUGUGUGGGUAACAAGGAUAGCAGAGCUACAAGACAGUUUUUGGCCUGCCAAGGCCCCUGAAGCACUGAAGCCAGUGGAGAGUGAGUACUACCGAGAUGGGAGUAACUUGCAAACACUCAGGUAAUUGGGUGUCACUGAUUUGCGGCCACCUAACGGGCAAUUGGUCCUAUGAGGAAAGCGGUCAUUGCAGUCAAAGGUUGUACAUAAUAACUGUAUUUUUGAGGCAAUUUUAUGGUGCAAAAUCUGUGUUUCACUUGGAAUAUGUAAUUUUCGAAGAGUUUUCUUUUUCCAGUGCCCCAAAUUCUUGACACUGCUUAUUGCAUGAUUAAUUGGUAAUGGAAUCGUUUUUCAGUUCAUUUAAGAAGGUAGAGACCCGAAGCACAGCAAGUGCAUGUUGUGAACCUAAACUCCCUAGGGUAUGUGCAAAAUCAUAUUAAAAAUUAGAGGAUUCAGGAAUGUUAGGGUUAAGUAGCAAACUUAUCUUCUGUUGAAGUCAGCCGUAAAUAACAAGCUAUAAACCAUUAAAAGGUGUUGUGCCAUUCAGUCCAGCCUGGACAUAGUUUGGAUUCUGCAAGGAAUGUAUGCACAAGGGGUGUAACGCCAAGACACUAAUAAGUAUUAGCAACUCAUGUCACUUACUUGCUAAUUAGCUGUGAGCAUUCAUUGUCCAUGAUGCCGCUAAAUGUCAUUCACGAUUGGGUAUGCGUUGUCAGAAAGUUUAGUAAACUGCCAUGUGCGUGACAGGCCCAACUACUGACUGUGUUCAGAUGUGGAGACUGAAAUUUCCCACCAUAAACUGAAACGGAAGAAAUACACAUAAACGCUUUGAGAAAUGAUGUAUUAAUCAUUUAUAAAAUGAAGCAUGCAUGCUAUAAUGCCUUGCAUGAAAGGAGUUUAUAUUUACUUGUUAAAUAUACAUUAGGUAUCAGUAUUAUUGACGCGAGUUUGUGUUUAAGACAGAAAUUGAAGCAUUAUUUAUUUCAUGGUUGUUGGGUUUUAUUAACUACAGUUAUUUAUCAAGCAAUUACUUGUGAAUUUGUCUUUUGUAAUAAAUGCAAAUGCAUAUAUUUGGCAGGUUGUUGCAAAAUGAUACCUUAACUCACAUGUAUUAACAAGUUACAACUCUGGAGGGAAUUAUUUAUUAACCACUUCCUGCCGGGGCGGUUAUCAAUGUUGAUGAUGCUGGGCCGGGAUAUUUAUCUUUUUUUUCUGUU